AUGCGGUCUACACUCCGGCUACUGGCCAAUGUCAAGCCCCGGUACUUGGAGCCCUUUGCUCCAACCGGCUUGACUGGUCUUUUCACCCACCCUAGCCCUCGUCCGACUUUGAUCUACCUUUACUCGACUACUCUGCAGAAGUUGCAGAUGUUCCCCGAAUCCUCCGCCUACCGCCAAUCCGUUGAGGCAUUGACCCGCCACCGUCUCCAAAUUAUCGAAUCCCAGAAGCCCGCCGGCUUUGACGCCUGGUUGGAGCGCGUUCGGAAGACCGUGGGAGCCGAGCCUGAGCGGUUCACCAAGCUCCAGCGCCCCGACGGUGGUUUCACUCACGCCGCCGCCCAGCAGAAAGAUGGAAGUGACGAUGCUCGUGGAGUUGAAUGGGAUGGCGAAGAACUCACAGCCACCACCGAGGGUCCCGCCCGCACCCCGCAACAAGAGGCCGAAUGGCACAACAUCAUGGCCGAGGCCAGCGAGACCACCGAGAAGGCCGAGUCCGACUUCUACAACGAGGAGAUGAAAUGGGAGAGCGAGCCUGCCCUUGAUGCCGACCAGAUCUCUCUGAUUGAGCAACAAAUUGGCGCUGGUCUCAUCGAGGAGGUCAUCCAGGUUGCUGAGGCAGAGCUCAAGCUUGUCGAUGAGCUGGCCAAGGCUAAGGUGUGGGAGGAACUCGAGGAGAAGCCUCAACCCGGCCAGUGGUCUUACUUCGAGCGUGGCAACUAA